ACUAGCCCAUGGCUAACCACUGUCGUUCCUUCAGUCUACAUUCUUGUGGUUGUAUAUGGUUUUCCUUUAAACGUUAUGGCAGUCCUUGUGUUUGUGGUCAAAAUAAAGCUUAAGAAACCAGCGGUUGUAUACAUGCUCAACCUCGCCUCUGCAGAUCUACUUCUUGUGAGUGUGCUGCCUUUUAAAAUUUUCUAUCAUUUUACCGGAAACAACUGGCCAUUUGGACCUGAAAUGUGUCAUCUUAUCAGCGGUAUCUUCUUCUGCAACACCUUCUGCUCGAUGCUGCUUAUGACAGCGAUGAGUGUGGACCGUAGCCUGGCUUUGUUGUACCCGAUGCAGUCGCUGUCAUGGCGCACGCUACAUCGUGCCUCGUUGGUGUGCGCUGUCAUCUGGCUUGUAGCCAUUGUUGCGGUGAUAUAUCCUAUGACAAAUGAACUAACUUAUAACAUACCUCAGUUAAACAUUACAACCUGCGUCGAUGAGCCUGAUGUUUCUGUGAUUAUAACAUUCAGUCGCUAUUACAUAUUUGUCUUAUCUAUUCUGUUCUUUUAUAUACCAUUAUUAAUCUCUAGUGUGUGUUAUGCAAGCAUUAUAAAGAAACUGUCUUCAUCCGAUGUUGCUACCAAGCCAGGUAAGAAGAGGCGUGCCAUCCUCUUGUCUGUAGCGGUCUUGUCUUCUUUCAUUCUUUGUUUUGGUCCAAUACAUACCCUGACAUUUCUCCAAAUUGUUUUGCCGGAUACAUAUUAUGAAAGUUUAUCUCUUGCCUUCAAUCUUGCCUUCACGUUUAGUACCAUCAACUGCUGCCUGGACCCCUUAAUCUAUUAUUAUGCCUCCUCAGAGUGUCAAAGACAGGUCUGGACUCUCCUGUGCCCUGGAAAGCGUUCUGAUGUUGAAAAAGACAUUCAGGAAACAAUCAAUAACACCACAACUUAUUUUAGUGGCUUGGGGCACUUGACUCAAGCAUAA